CAGGAGAGGACGAAAGGCGAUCACCUCUGGCCGGUCUGAUCCAAUCGCCAAUACCGACAAGACGGAGGAACCUGGCUCUCUGUGCAUGAGGACGACCGUCGGCUUUAACCAGGGAAUAUUGGCUCAAGAAGCACGUUUGACUGAAGAGGCUCAAACAGCGAAAUUACACUGUUUGGCAGGCGGCUCUGAGUAAAUAAAAACACUAAUACAGGGGGCGGACAGGAGCUAUUUUGCAGUGUCUACAUAAACUCCUCGGAAUACAAAUCCAGGUGGUGGGUGGAGACAAAGCACAGCCCAGUGCUGGAUCCCAGAGGGACUGUUAGUGUGGUAAGGACCCUUGAGACGAAGGAGGGUGCAUGGAGGGCUCAAGGCCGGUAAAGCCAGGGUCAUCCGCCUACCUCUGGCUUGGGCUGGUCUCUGUGGCUGUAGCCUUCCUUUGUGCAGAGGCCCGGACAACUCCGAGCCCUUUGCUAACCCCCAACAAUGGGACUUGCGAAGGAAACACCAAGUGUGUGCCAGGGAUCAUCCUGCCCAUUUGGUAUCCCGAGGAUCCAUCCAUGGGCGACAAGAUUGCUCGGGUCAUUGUGUAUUUUGUGGCCCUGAUCUACAUGUUCCUUGGAGUGUCCAUCAUUGCCGACCGUUUCAUGGCGGCCAUCGAGGUCAUCACCUCCCAGGAGAAGGAGAUUGUCAUCAAAAGGCCCAAUGGGGAGACAACCACCACCACUAUCCGGGUGUGGAAUGAGACGGUCUCCAACCUCACCCUCAUGGCCUUGGGCUCAUCUGCCCCUGAGAUCCUGCUCUCUUUAAUCGAGGUUUGUGGACAUGAGUUCAAAGCCGGUGAGCUCGGGCCCUCCACAAUUGUUGGCAGCGCAGCCUUCAAUAUGUUUGUCAUCAUUGGCCUCUGUGUGUCUGUCAUCCCCCAAGGAGAGGUCCGCAAGGUCAAACACCUCAGAGUGUUCUUCAUCACGGCGGGCUGGAGCAUCUUCGCUUACAUCUGGCUCUACAUGAUCCUGGCUGUGUUUUCACCCAACGUGGUCCAGAUCUGGGAGGGUCUACUCACGUUGGCCUUCUUUCCCAUAUGUGUUAUCCUCGCCUGGGUGGCAGACCGCCGACUGCUCUUCUACAAGUUCAUGCACAAGAAGUAUCGCAGCGACAAACACAGGGGUGUCAUCAUCGAAACAGAAACUGACCGCUCCAAAGGAAUUGAGAUGGAUGGCAAAAUGGUCAACUCUCACUUUGUGGAUGGAGGCGCAGCAAGCAAUCUCAUUGGUUUGAUUGAGGGCAAAGAGGUCGAUGAGUCCCGGCGUGAUAUGAUCCGCAUCCUGAAAGACCUAAAGCAGAAGCACCCGGAGAAAGAGUUAGAUCAGCUGGUUGAGAUGGCCAACUACUACGCUCUCUCCCACCAGCAAAAGAGCCGUGCCUUCUACCGCAUCCAGGCCACACGCAUGAUGACGGGCGCAGGAAAUAUCCUGAAGAAACACGUCGCCGAGCAGGCCAAGAGGAGUGCCAGCGUCCAGGAGGUGCACGUGGAGGAGCCAGAGGAGUAUGUGUCUCGAAUUGCCUUUGAGCCCGCUGUCUAUCAGUGCCUCGAGAACUGUGGCGCCGCCCUUCUGACCAUCACAAGGAAGGGCGGUGACAUCAACAAGACUAUCUACGUGGAUUAUAAGACAGAGGACGGCUCAGCCAACGCUGGGGCCGACUACGAGUUCACAGAGGGAACGGUGGUGUUCAAACCCGGAGAGAUGAUCAAGGAAAUUAGCAUUGGCAUCAUAGACGAUGACAUUUUUGAGGAGGACGAGCACUUUUUUGUACGCCUCAGUAAUCUGCGUGUCCUAGAGACUGAGGACGAGGUGCUGUCCCCCAACAGUCUCCCAUACCCAAAGGCCAUGCUGGGCUUCCCCACCGUGGCCACUGUCACCAUUCUGGAUGACGACCAUUCGGGCAUCUUCACCUUCGAGAGCGACUCAGUUCAUGUUAGCGAGAGCAUAGGCAUUAUGGAAGUGAAAGUGCUGAGGACUUCUGGAGCAAGAGGGACGGUCAUCGUGCCCUAUCGCACCGUGGAGGGACUUGCCAAAGGAGGAGGGGAGGACUUUGAAGACACCUACGGAGAGCUUGAGUUCAAAAAUGAUGAAACCUGCAAAAUUGUUUCGGUGAAAAUUAUUGACGAUGAGGAGUAUGAGAAAAACAAGAACUUCUUCCUGGAGCUGGCUGAGCCUCGCAUGGUAGACAUGAGUCUGCAGAAAGCCCUGUUGUUAGCUGAAGAUGUGCCUGACAGGAAGCUGACAUCAGACGAGGAAGAAGCCAAACGGAUAGCGGAGAUGGGCAAACCGGUGCUGGGGGAGCACUCCAAGCUGGAAGUCAUUAUUGAGGAAUCGUACGAGUUCAAGAGCACAGUGGACAAGCUGAUCAAGAAGACAAACCUGGCAUUGGUGGUGGGCACAAACUCGUGGAGAGACCAGUUCAUGGAGGCCAUUACAGUCAGUGCAGGAGAUGAGGACGAAGAGGACACGGGGGAGGAACGGCUGCCGUCCUGCUUCGACUACGUCAUGCACUUCCUCACCGUCUUCUGGAAGGUUUUGUUCGCCUGCGUUCCCCCUACAGACUACCUGAACGGCUGGGCCUGCUUCAUCGUCUCCAUCAUCAUCAUCGGCCUGCUCACGGCUGUCAUCGGCGACCUGGCGUCCCACUUUGGCUGCACCAUCGGUCUUAAGGACUCGGUCACCGCUGUGGUUUUUGUGGCACUCGGCACAUCUGUCCCUGACACCUUUGCCAGUAAGGUAGCGGCGGUCCAGGACACCUACGCGGACGCCUCCAUCGGGAACGUGACCGGCAGCAAUGCGGUCAACGUCUUCCUGGGCAUCGGCGUGGCCUGGUCCGUGGCGGCCAUCUACUGGCACAUGAAGGGAAAGCCGUUCAUGGUGGAGGCCGGCUCGCUGGCCUUCUCCGUCACCCUCUUCACCAUCUUCGCCUUCCUGGCCAUCUCGGUGCUGCUUUACCGGCGCCGGGCCCACAUCGGAGGAGAACUGGGCGGGCCCCGGGGACACAGACUGGCCACGUCAGCCUUCUUUUUCAGCCUCUGGUUCCUUUACAUCCUGUUCUCCAGUCUGGAGGCCUACUGUCAUAUAGAGGGCUUCUAGACCCUCGCCGGGAGGAACGAACUUCAGCUCGAGAAAAAAAAAUCAAAAGAAUAAUACAGGGGUUCAAAGUACAACUUCAGAGGUCAAAGAGCGAAUUCUCACUGUGGAAUUUGGGUCGGUUUUGUACGGUAUGGAAAGACAGGAGAGGUAACCCUGGGGUUUUCCAAAUAGCCCCCGUCCUGCACCUCCCACCCUCUCUCUUUGUCUCUCUCUCUCUCUCUUUCUCUCUCUCUCUCUCUCUCUCUCUCUCAACCCCUUCUGUAAGGAUGCUUGGAGGUGUGUGUCCUGCCCCUGCUCCUGACAGGCCCGUACGCCCCGGCUAGGAGGGCCAUCCUGAGCCCGCGCUGAGUGUGCUUACAGUUGGGAUUGGGUUACCACCGAGCCAAGAGGGUCCCGAGGGUGGUCCUGCAUUCCACUGGAGGAGACUGCAGUCUUAUAUCCGGAGAGAGUUGAGUUAAUCAGAGGUCUAUAUUUUUCUCAACAUCUGAUGAGAACGACUUUUUUUAAAAACGAAGUAUUUUGGGGAUAAAAAUGCAAAAAAAACAAAACAAAACAAAAAAAAAAAAGUUAUAAAAAAGAGGAAUCAAAGAACUAUUUUCUGAUCUACGUUAAAGGAAUAACAAAACAGAUUAUAUCGUAAAGCGGAAAUUAUGUUGUCGAGUGACAGUGGGACGGACUCAUAGUAUUUAUUUUUAUUUGCAUAGUUUCCUAAGGAGCGCUGCAAGAGUUCUCAGAAAUCACACGAGCAAAAGAGGAAGAGCGACAGUGACAACUUAUGUACUGGCAGACAAAUCACCAAUCCAACAGGCGAGGGGGGAAGAGGUCGAGGACACAGUGAACAUGGUCAAACUGCCCUGAACAUUACUUCCGUACUAUAUACGUAUCUAUAUAUAAUAUAUUUCCAUAUUUUCUGUAUAUUUUGAAUAUUUGUUUAAAUGUGGUCACCUUCUGCUCUAACAACAGAGGAUCGCUGUGGCUAAAGGGGCGCGCAGGGAGGGCAGGGGCUCAUAUACCGGAACGAUGUCUUCACAUUUCUAAGAGUUAUGUAUCUUGCCUAGGUAAAAGUAUGACAUUGUAUUUUAUUUACUGAUAUUUGGUCUCACUCGAGUUUUCACCUUUUGAAUCAGAAAUCCAAAAAAAAAAAAAAAAAAAAAAAAAAAAAAUGUGUUGCUGCAGAGAUAAAUUCAGAGGUAUUUUUGUACUGUUCCUUCCAUGCACUUUGCUGUAUAGUUCUAUUUAUGGAGACUUCUACUUGUACAUGUGCAAAAGGCCAAUAUGAAAAGGUAUCACUAUGGACUGAACAGAGUGCCUGUAGAGAGGGAAGCGUCUGCUGCAGCUGCACACACUAACAAGCUCUCGGCUCCGUUCAGCAAAUUGGAUGCAGCAAGACUGAACAACUGAAGGGUUUCAUUCUAAAAUGGUACACAACCUUUGUAAGGGGAGGAAAAAGUUAAAAAAAAAAACAAAAAAAAAAACACGCACACACACACACAUCCACGCCUGAAUUUCAUUACAUGAUAUUUCAGAAAAUCAGGAUGACUCCGUCUUCAGAUAUGUUGGUAUUUUGUAGGCAGUGUUUUUUUUUUUUUUUAAUGACUCACGACUGACACGGUUUAACAUAACAACUCUUGCAUUCAUGCUGUCAGUCGUUAUGUAAGAGUAGCUGUCAGAAAUAGUUGUUAUCUCUCCUUCUCUUUUAUUUAUUUAUUUAUUUAUUAUUAUUAUUUUUUUUUUAGAAUGAAACUUUUCAGCUGGACGAGUGAGGACCCCGGCGUCAAAGCGUGGGUGUCAGUCAGAGCAGCAGGUAGCUCCAGUUUUGCAGUUGAACGUAGCGUGAUAUUUGAAUGCUGUCGAAAUACAUGACUGGUGCUUUGUUUUUAAACCGAGAGAAAAAAACAAACAAAAAAAACAACAAAACAACAACAGACAUUUGAAAUUCCCAAAAGCAGACAAAUAUGUUUAUUACUUCAUUUGCAUAAAACGUAUGUUACUAUAUUACCAGUUUAAAAAUUCUUGGCUAAUUUAAAAAUCACCCAAGAGAUUACCAAAGAGGUGGGAUGCAACAUCUUUCAGAAAAAAAAUCCAUUAAACAAAACAAAUAAUAAAAAAAAACAAUAAUAAAAAAAGGUGACCGAAAGUGGCAGUGACACUGUAUUUCCACAAGGGGGAUGUCAAUCUCCAGUCCCUGUGGUUGUCUGUUCUUCUUGCUCCUCUUCUUCUAUUUCUCUAUUUACCACUCCUCCUCAGAGAGAGUACUCUUCCUUUGCGGCGAGCAGUGUUGUAAAUAUGUCUCGUGGCUGAAAAUGGAUGGUAUCUUCCAGGCCCUGGACCACACCUGCUCUCCUCUUUCUCUCUCCCUCUCUCCUCCUCUCUCUCUCUCUCUUUCUCUUUCUCUCUCUUACAUACACACAUUCAGCGUAGAGCGAUGGGUCCAUUGCACAAGAGGGGAGGACAUUAUUAGGCUAACUGGCCCCGUUCAGAGGCAACACAAAACUCACAUGAUGUACAUAAUUUCAGUGUAUGUUUACAUAGACACAGUAUAGGUGUGCCGGGCAACAAGCAUGUCAACACAAGUCUCCCACAGCUCAUCUCGCAGGGUUUCUGCAGCCGCUUCAUCUGAGCCAGAGUCAGCGGAAGUUACAGUGAACAUUAUCAUGAUUUUCUUUUCACGUUUUUUCAUUUUCACUUUUUGUUCUCUUGGUCACUGAGGUCCACUUACCCAGCCCCCUCCUCCAAACCCGACAACAAGAAAUUAUUUGAGUGUUUUGGUGGGGAAAAAAAAAACAGAAUACAGAAUACAUCGAGACAGGGAAGUGCCGGUGUUUCUUGAUUUUCUCUUUUGCCGUUUGUGGCUCAUUGUAUUGUUUAUUUGGUUGUAUUUCAUGAAGUUGUUGAUUUGAGAUGAUCAUCGGCUGACGUGUUUCUGUGCUGUACAUGUCGGCCUCCAUGUGGGCAUGCCUCUGAGUUGGUUCUAUCAUUUGUCUUAAAUUUCAUGUCUUAAAAAGCUGUAAAAAAGAAAAAAAAAAAAUAUUUCAUACACAACACCUCAAGGCACCAGUUUUUUGUUUUUUCUAUUUCAGUGUGCAGGAUGGAUAUGAAAUGUGUACUGGCAAAAAUUCAAAUCACAGUAAUUGGGCUUGUGGUUGAUGUCGUUGUGAGACACUGAGGAAGGUUUCAUUGCUGAGAUGAAUGCUUUUCUUUUAACUUCUGUUGUAUAACAGGAAGGGGACACAUUUUAAUGGAUUGGGUACGUUUUCCUGACCCACAGUGAGAUGUCAAAAUAAAAAAGAGAAAAUUUCCAAA